AUGAUAUCUACAUUUAUUGCCUUCACAAUAGGCAUCAUAACAAUUGCAAUACUUGGAAAUUUAUUUUUAAUUUUUGUUAUCAUUCGUGGUAAUACUAUCUCUAAAAUGAGAAUCUCACCAGUACAGUUAUUACUUCUUCAUACAGCUGUAGUUGAUAUAUCAUUUGCAACUUUUUCACUUGGUACUGAAUUAUUUAUCAUGUUAAAUCGUCCAAAUCUUCCAGGACCUCCAUGGUUAUGUCCAGUUUUAAAAUUUAUUGAAAUAAUACCAUUAUACUUAUCACCAUUAUUACUUGUAGCAAUAGCAUAUGAUAGAUAUAUGGCUAUCUGUAAACCAAUGGCGAAUUUUAGAAGUAACAAAUAUCAGAGACCAAAUAAAAUGGCAAUAAUGUCAUGGAUUAUUGCAAUUAUAUUAUCAUUACCACAACUUCAUGUAUGGGAAAUAACUAACCAGGGUUGUUUGACAAGACGAUACUUCAAAAAACAAUUCAUGCAAAUAUAUGUUCUUUAUUUUAAUCUUUUUGUAUGGUUGAUACCUUCAAUACUUGCUACUUAUUUUUAUUUUCAUGUUUGUAAAAGUGUUUGGUUGUCUAAAAAAGUUGUCUUAGAUGAUGUUAAUGGUAUUACAAAGUCGUCAUUAAAAAAUGGUAAAAGAACAACUAUUGGUAAUAUUUACAAAGAUGAAGAAAAUGAAACAUUAGUUUAUGUUAAAAGAAUAAGAAGCACAUCUAAUGUUGUUAAACAACAAGAUAAUGAAUUUGGUAGAAAAAGAAUUCAUACUGUUAGAUUAACAUUAACAAUUAUUGCUUGUAACUUUUUUUUAUGGACACCAUUUUGUUUAUUUAAUGUUGUUCAAACUAUAGCACCUGAUCUUGUUGCACACUACAAAGGUAUAGCUAAUUAUUUAGGAGUUCUUGGAAAUUUAAAUUCUUGUGUUAAUCCAUGGAUUUUUAUAUUAUUUAAUCCUAAAAAUGUUAAAAAUGCUUUAAUCUCAAUUUGUCCUUGGUAUUUAUAUAAAAAAAGGAAGACUGUUCUUGUUAAAGGAGAAAUUAACUAUUGUGAUGAAAUUAGAAUAAGCAAUAGUGCUUUUUAA